GCAAAACGCUUAUCUCUAUCGGUGGAAGACUGCACUUUGUACCUGUGUUUGUGUUUGUGCCAGAUUAGUCUCUGGUGGUAUUAAAGGAGUUCGUUAAAAGAAAAGUUAGUCUACUACUAACCGCUCGGAAAUCAUAGAGGAUUAAGGGGAUUCCAACCGGAUAAUUCAAGCAUUAUAAUGUCAACAUCAACUUUGCGCUACGAUGGCCGUGUGGCUGUAGUAACCGGAGCCGGAGCUGGUCUCGGCCGGGAAUACGCCCUGCUGUUGGCUUCGCGAGGUGCCAAAGUGGUGGUCAAUGAUUUGGGUGGUACCCAUUCCGGUGAGGGUGCAUCACAGCGUGCAGCUGAUAUUGUGGUCGACGAAAUUCGCGCCGCUGGUGGUGAAGCCGUAGCAGAUUACAAUUCAGUUAUCGAUGGAUCAAAGGUCAUUGAGACGGCCAUUAAGGCCUUUGGCCGUGUGGAUAUUUUGAUUAACAAUGCUGGAAUUCUGCGUGAUCGCAGCAUUGUGAAGACAUCCGAUCAGGAUUGGGAUCUGGUGCACGAUGUCCAUUUGAAGGGCAGUUUCAAAUGCACUCAGGCAGCGUUUCCCCAUAUGAAAAAGCAAAAUUAUGGCCGCAUCAUUAUGACAUCAUCGAAUUCGGGCAUCUAUGGUAAUUUCGGUCAGGCCAACUAUUCGGCAGCCAAAAUGGGUCUAGUCGGCUUGGCCAAUACAACGGCCAUCGAGGGUGCAAAGAACAAUAUCCAUUGCAAUGUGAUUAUACCAACUGCAGCCAGUCGUAUGACGGAAGGCAUUUUGCCCGACAUGCUCUUCAAUGAGCUGAAACCCAAGCUUAUUGCCCCAGUGGUGGCUUACCUGUGCCACGAAUCCUGCGAGGAUAAUGGCAGCUACAUCGAAAGUGCUGCUGGCUGGGCUACCAAAGUGCAUACAGCCCGCGGCAAGGGAGCAGUUUUGCGACCCACAAUCGAGGACACAGUGACCCCCGAAUAUGUGGAGAAGGUUUGGUCCAAGGUGACCGAUAUGUCACAGGCCAAGCACUUAGAAGCAAUCGCCCAUGCCUCUGGCUCCCUGUUGGAAGUGUUGGAGAAUCUAAAGAAUGGUGAUAAGGAUGCCGUUGAGGAUACAUUUACUUUCGCUAGCCGCGAGCUUAUACUGUAUGCUCUGGGUAUUGGAGCGACCACAAAGAAUAGCCAGGAUUUGCGUUUCCUGUACGAGAACGAUGCCGACUUUUCACCCAUUCCAUCAUUCUUUGUUCUGCCCGGUCUAUUGCUGAGCAUGAGCAAUCCUCUGGUGGGCAAUGCCUUGCCACACAGCGGAGCUGAUCUGACCAAUAUACUGCAUGGAGAGCAAUAUUUGGAAAUUGUUGAUGAUCUGCCCACACAGGGCACUCUAACCACCAAAGGCAAAGUGAUUGAUGUUAUGGAUAAGGGUUCCGGAGCCGUUGUGGUCACCAGUUGUGAAUCGUUCGACGAGAAUGGACGUCUUCUGGUCAAGAACCAAAGUUGCAUCUUUGUUGUCGGUGCCGGCAAAUUUGGUGGCAAAAAGGAUCCCAGCUCUGAUGUGGUACCACUGGCCCCUGUGCCCAAACGUUCCCCUGACUCAUCAGUUCAAUACACAACCAGUGCAGAUCAAGCCGCCCUCUAUCGACUAUCGGGUGAUCUGAAUCCCUUGCAUAUCGAUCCCAGUUUUGCACUAAUUGCCGGCUUCAAAACACCCAUUCUUCAUGGCCUUUGCUCUCUGGGCUUUUCACUGCGUGCCGUUCUCAGCAAAUAUGCUGAUAACAAUGCCAAUCUAUUCAAAGCAAUCAAAGUGCGUUUCUCUGGCCCUGUGCUUCCCGGCCAAACUCUUAAGAUUGAUAUGUGGCAAGCUGGCACACGUAUACACUUCCUUACCACGGUCGUGGAGACGGGCAAAGAAGUCAUCUCUGGUGCCUAUGUGGAUCUGAAGAGCUCUCCAGCCAAAUUGUAAACAAUUGGAAGACAGAGUGACGGAGACGAAGACAGAGAGAAAAGAACUUAAGCAUAACCAAUUUUUGGUGGUAGUUUUCUAACACAUACAUACAUAUUUUUGUUUCUAAACAUCGUAUUUCACACACAACAAAUGUUCGUUUGUCUGUUUUGAACUUAAUAAAAUUGACUAGUUUUUUAAUCGA